UUCGCUCCUCUACAAGCUGUCUCCCUCCGCUCUGGGAGUGUUUCCCAUUUAAACAAACACGGUAUUGCCGAAGAUGGCGGAGAGUUUGUAGAGGCUUUAAAAAAAAAGCUGCUGCAGUCAAUGAAAGCGUCGAAGCCGGAAGAAGCAGUUCUCCAUAACCAGGGAAAUGAGGCUCCCCGUGAAUAAAGUACUUUAAAAGUCUGUGCUUUUCAAGGAGAUGUUGAGACACUGAGAAGUGUUGCAGACCAUGAAUGGAGUUUGACUGGAGCUUAUCAAGCCUAAGGUGCUGAUAUGUGCUGAAGAUGAGUGGCAUAGGAGACAACUCGCUAGAGCCGCUGUGCUCCGAUCGCAAGCGUAAACUGUCCAGCUGCGACACACCAGGCUUAGGCAGGUGUGACAAGCGUCGGAGGGAACAGGAGAGCAAGUACAUCGAGGAGCUGGCAGAGCUCAUCUCUGCCAACCUCUCCAACAUCGACAGCUUCAACGUCAAGCCUGAUAAAUGUGCCAUACUAAAGGAGACCGUGAGGCAGAUCAGACAAAUUAAAGAGCAAGGAAAGAGCUCAUGCAGUGACGAUGACGUGCAGAAGGCGGACGUGUCUUCUACUGGUCAGGGGGUCAUUGACAAGGACCAUCUGGGGCCCUUGCUCCUGCAGGCGUUGGAUGGCUUUCUGUUUGUGGUCAACCGAGAGGGCAGCAUUGUGUUUGUGUCCGACAAUGUGAAACAAUACCUGCACUACAAGCAGGAGGAGCUGAUCAACACCAGCGUGUACAACAUCAUCCACGAUGACGACAGAGAUGAGUUUCACAAGAACCUGCCCAAGUCUAAUGCACCUAACGGGGCUCCCUGGGGUGGAGAUGUGCCCCAACAGAGAAGUCGAACGUUCAGUUGUCGUAUGUUGGUGAACCUGGUUCAUGGUCAGAGUCAUGGGAUGUCCGAAGAGAGACCAGGGGGCGUGAAGCGUUAUGAGACAAUGCAGUGUUUUGCGCUCACUCAGCACCGGGCCAUGAUGGAGGAGGGAGAUGAUUUACAGUCAUGUAUGAUCUGUGUAGCGAGACGAAUCACCACCGUUGAAAGGACUGAGAGAUUUAGCACACGCCAUGAACUCUCUGGUAAACUGAUUGAGAUUGAACACCACAGCUCUCUACACACCACAAUGCUUCCAGGGUGGGAGGACCUGGUCAAACGCUGCAUGCAGAUGUUCCUUCAAAGAAGCGAAGGACAGCCAUGGUCCUACAAACGGCACUAUCAAGACGCUUUCCAUAACGGACACUCGGAGACGCCUCUCUACCGCUUCUCUCUCUCUGAUGGGACCCCAGUCACGGCUCAGACAAGGACAGAGCUCUGUAGGAAUCGCAACACAAAUGAGCCUCUCUCUUUUCUCUCCACUCAUCUGCUGCAGAGGGAGCAUAGUGCUUACCGUGGAACACAAAGCGGCCCCCUGAGGCCCCAUAACAUGGGUGUGAACCAUCCCAACCAGCAGAUGAAUAUGGGUCCAGGGGGAAAUAUGGGCAUGAAUAGGGGGUACGGCAUGAUGGAGCAGGGCAACAUGCCACAGAGAGGAGUUCCCCCUUACUCAGGGGGUGGGCGCAUGAAUCCCAUGAAUCAUAUGAACCCCAUGCAUCAAAUGAACCCCAUGCAUCAGAUGAACAACAUGGCUCAGAUGAAUCAAGGCAAUCCCAUGCAUCCGAUGAAUUCAAUGAACCAAAUGGGAUCCAUCAACCAGAUGAAUCUGAUGGGCCAUCCCGCCAUGCAGCAGCAACAGCAGCAGAUGGGUCAGUUCCAUGGCGGUGGAGCAUAUGGGAUGGGUAUGACCAGCCCGACCCAAGCCAGCCCAGGGAUCAGUGGUCCCCACAAUGUGAUGGGUUCGCCCAGAGUCCGAGGAAGCCCCAAGACAGCUGCCAGCCCCUUCUCUCCUGGAGCUCUGAGCUCUCCUAUUGGCCCCAGCCAUACUGGGAACUCUGGAGGUGGAACAGGAGGAUCCAGCUACUCCAGCAGCUCCUUAAACGCCCUCCAAGCCAUCAGUGAGGGUGUUGGGAAUCCAAUGCCUGCAUCUCUCACAUCGCCACCGCCCCACAAACCAGACAGCUCCCCAAGCAUCAACUCCACCAAUCAGGCUAAAACGGCCCCCCCACCAUAUUCCGAAUCCAAGAGCCCUGGCAGCUCAUUGGGGGCUGCUGGAGAGCAGCAGUCCCAGCAGCAUCCACACACCCCGACCACUGAGGGGCUUCCUGACAGGCCGGACAGCCAGGCUUGUCUUGGUGUGGGAGAGUCCAACCGACGGGCCCCUGACAAGUGCAACAAAAAGCUUCUGCAGCUCCUCACAUCCACAGAUGAGCUGGUGCCUCCUAAUCAGACUCUAAGCUCUGCUUCUAUGUCAACUUCUGAUGGUAAGGAUGGCGCCCCAGGAGUGACCAGUCCUUCCUCUACAACAGGCGUGUCUUCCUCCACCAAUGGGAGUCACGGUACUGUGUCUUCCUCAGGAGGCACGAGCCAAUCACUGCAGGAGAAACACAAAAUCCUUCACAAGCUCCUUCAGAAUGGGAACACGCCUGAUGAUGUGGCCCGCAUCACAGCCGAGGCUACAGGUAAGAGCAGCUUGGAACCUGGGACAACAGAGCCGGGUCCGGCUGCCUUAAAGGGAUCUGAAGCCAAGAAGGAGCAGCAUAGCCCCAAAAAGGAGAAGCCUCGCCCGCUCCUUCAAUACCUCCUCAAUAAAGAUGACUCUAAAGAAAGUGGUGAUGUAAAGCCAAAGCUGGAGGAUUUGGAAAGGAGAGGAACAAAGGGCAUUGGAGUCACCAGCUCAGGCCCUCAUAGCAUGGAUGGAAAGGUGAAGCUGGAGCCAUCUGAUGAGACGGAAACCCUGGAGACCAUUUUGGGCAAUCCAAGGAGCAACUCUGGAUUCUACCCUGAACCAGACUCCAGAGCUGGGAAGGAUACUGGAAGCAAACAGGGAGCUAUGCAUGACACUUUACUUGAUGGGGAAAGAGUCUCCAGCCUGCCAGCCCAGCGAGCUCCUUUUCAGAGAGCAUUGUCCCUGGAUGCUAAGCCCCUGGAUGGAGACAUGGCAGCAGGAGGUGGACUGGCAACAAGACAGACUAUCCCCUGUCCAACCAUGGUCAAACAGGAGAGCAUGGAUCCUUCCAUACGACCAGGAGCUGUGCCCAAUGGCUUCCCUGGAGGCAUGGGUGUCUGUCCACCACGAGGAAAUUCAACAAGAGGCAUGGGCAGAGGCAUGCAUCAGCGCCCUCCAAUGGCAGGUCCUGGAGAAUGGGGGAUGCAGAGGCCCAAUAGCAACCCUGUGAGCGGACCGGGACACCCAGGCAUGGCUCGUUCUGGCCAAAUGGGAGUACCCAUGAUGAGCCGUUCCAACAGCGUCCCUGCAAACACCAGAUCUAUGCUGCAGCAACAACUCAUGGAUCUGGGUAAUAAUGAAGGUGGUAUGACCAUGAGUCCAUUUGGUGGAAAUGGGCCCCCCCCUCAGUCUCCGUCUUGGCCUGACCCGGUCAUGGGAAUGGACAGACAACCAAACUGUACAAAUAGACUUAGGGACACGUUUGUGCAUCCUCUUGAGGAACUCCUGGGCACUCUGCCAGGUAAUGAUGGUCCAACUGAUGAACUUAUGGACCAGCUGGACUCUCUGCUCAAAACCGCCGACGUCAUCGCUUUGCAAGAGAUAGACCGAGCCCUGGGGAUCCCCGAAAUUGUGGGCCAGGCCCAGGGACCUGAAGGCCCUCAGCAAUGCGCGGAUCAAGUCCAGGGGCCGUGCCUCCCAUCAGAGCCCUUUGCAGGUCUUGACUCCUCAAUGACCAUGGGCCAAAAAUCUGUGUACGGUCAGGCCUACCCAGGCCCCCCAUCCAUGGGAAUGCAGCCUGGUUAUGCUGGUAAUGCGAUGCAAGGCCAAUCUCCCGGAGGUUUCAACCCCAUGAUGAAUCAUAUGGGCCAGACGGGAGGCUUCCCUGGCAUGGCAAACAUGGGGGUCAUGGGUAACCCUCGCGCAAACAUGCAAAGACCUCGCAUGAUGACUGCCACCAAGCCUCUCCGUCUGCAGCUACAGCAGAGGCUGCAGGGACAGCAGCAGUUUAUGAACCAGGCACGACAAAGCAUGAAAAUGGAAAACUUCCCUGGAUCAAGCCCUCCCAUGCGCUCAGCCAUGCAGCCUGGCAUGCAGUCAGCAGGGAUGAGUGGUCAGCCUGGUCCUAUGAAUACCCAGAUGAUGGCUCAGCGCACCAGGGACAACCUGUUGAGGAGGCAAAGGGUGAUGAUGCUGGUGCAGCAGCAGAAUCAGGCAGCAGCAGCAGGCGGCUUCAGUCCUCCUCCUAAUGUCACCGCACCAGGAGGCAUAGAAAGCCCCAUGGGAGUACCCCCCAUAAAUCAGCCCGGACAGCAAGGUUUCAGUUAUGGAAAUAACUACGGAAUGAACCAGCAGGGGGACACAACAUUCAUGGCUCCUGGUAGCAGUCCACCAGGAAACAUGAUGCAGGGCCGAAUGGGCGGCCCUCCACAAAACGCCAUGAUGGCUGUGCGGCAGGGGAACCCCCAGGGUGGGCACAUGUACCCAUCUGGAGACAUGAAAGGCUGGCCACAGGGGGGCAUGCAGCGCAAUAACCCGUAUCCUCAGCAACAGUUCCCACAGCAGGCCAGCCAGGGUCAGUUUGGACCCAUGAUGAUGAACAACACGAUGAGUGGACCAGGGCCGGUCGGUGGCUCAGCAGCAGGACAGAUGGCUCAGAUGCCCGGUCAAAUGCAGGGCCAGAUGGGCAUGAACCCCAUGGGAAUGAACAGACUCCCAAUGGGACCUGACCAGAAGUAUUGCUGAGGACCUCUAGUCGGGAAGGUCGGAUAGGGACGCACGACAGUAAAUAUUUACCUGCAAAAAAGAAUCUGACAGAAGAGUGGCUACAGUGUGGGAUUAGAGGCCGUUGUGCUGCAGUGAAAGAAACUGGCCUGAGACACUUCUUUGUGCAAAGCGUCAUUCCACGUUGGAGCCUUGGAAGCACAGAGACGACACAGCUGUGUUUGAGUGGCUAACCUAAAGCUGUCAGGCAGUAUUCAGCACCACAGCCACCAUUCAGAACUGGACUAAGGUACAACUGGCUGUGGCUGCACUUUACCAGUAGCUUAUGUGUUUCUGGAGGGAAAAAGGUGGAUGCAAUAUUCCUUCAUCUUGACAGCCUUACUAGAGAUUCAAUGCCUUUACAACAGUAUGUUUAGUUUCUAUUUUCCUUAGCCUUUGAACGCACCUCAUUCUUAAGUCAUUGAAAGCUAUAAGCACACAGUUUAUUAAGAAUAUGCAGAUUCGAGCAAUAAUUCUUGCCUCUAUGCUUUCGACUGUAACUGAGCAUCAUAAUCCAUGUUAAGAAACGAAAGGUACUGCAGUAUUAGAUGUCUCAUAUGUCUUCUGUGAAUAUGAAUUGUAAAUAUUGGAGAAAUAUAUAUCAAACCUGCUUUUUUUUAGGCCCAUUCUUGCACAGAAAGAUGAGACCUGGUUGUAUUUUUGUGUCCCAUAGGUCAAAGCUUAUUUGGUUUGUUUUUUUGUUUUUUAUCAUUUGCAAUACAUUUGGGUUUCUGUUCUUCUCAUUUUCUGAAUGCUUUUAAAGGUUUGUCAUCUUUUAGCAAGGCACUUUUUUAUAAAGGAGGAGAAUCUAACGUGUUGAAGAGUGACACCUAAAAUCACGUACACGCUCUGAUCUGGUUUUGUAACAACGCAUUAACUCUGACUAAAGUCUGUCGAAGGACCACCAGGCGGGUGAUUUGGAGUAUUCUGGCGAGCAAUCCUAAAUUUGAUGAAUUAAAAGCCUGAUUUAUAAUCUAAAAAAAACAGUCUGUGAGUAAAUGUAAAAAUGAACUUGCUGCUCGAACAAACUCAACAAGUUUCACCUCUGAUCGGAAACCGUGUGUUGUUUACGUCCAUUAGAGGUUUUACUGUUUUAGUUAGUAUUGUCCUCCACAGCGGGUUUCGCUUUCCCGCCGUGUCUCACUUCCUGCCUGACUCCUGACAUUCCCGUCAAACUGCUGCGUUGGUCCGAAAAAACAGACCCCUGGCCUGGCUUGGUUGGACCAUCGAGGGUGAUUGAAUGUUGAAUUUUUUUUAUUUCUUGUGGUAGUCAUUCAGGCAUAGUACAACCUAACCUUUUUUUUUUAUGUUGGAACAUAAACCAAACGGCUUUAGCGUUUUGGGGGUCAUGCAGGAAGUUGGUUGAAGAGACGGAACAAAAAGAGCCCCCACCUUCAGCUGUUUCAGUUCAAGCCGUCUUGGUUUCGACUGUUAGAAAACCGGCAGGAUCUACCUUUUCAGCACGCGCAAUCCAAAGAUAUUUUUCCACAUCUUUGUAUAGUUUGAAGUUUCUGAUGUACAUUUUUUUUUUUUUUUAUGAGAUGUGUUAUCUAUUAUUGGAAUCGUAAAUGGGUCUAUAUCAUGGAUGUUUAAAAGAAAAAAAGG